AUGUUUGUUGUUGGAUCAGUGGAUCAAUUAGGAAGAUGGUUACCACAGAAUGCCAUUGAAAUGUCUAUUGAUAAGGAUGAUCCAUUUUUAUGGAUAACUAAAAUUGAACUUGAUAAAGAUCAAUUAAAUGAAAAGAUACGUUUUAGAUAUUUUACUGGUUAUUAUUUGUUAUCAGAAUGUAAUAGUAAUGGUAGAAUUGUUAUAGUUAGUUUAUGGGAAAGUCAUAUUAGACCAAGAAGAUUUAGUUUAAAAUUAGAUGAAAUUAAUGGUAUAAUUAAUGUUAAUGGUACUCAUGAAUUUGGUGUUCAUGAAGGAAAAUUACUAAUAAACCAUGGUUGGUUAGUUAAUAAAGAACAAUCUGAGAUAUAUCUACGUCUCCAUGGGGAAGCUUUAAAAUUUUUUAAAGUACAUCAUAAAAAUAAAUCUUAUUAUAUAAAAGUUACGCCUUUUGACUUAAGAUAUAAGGAAGAAUACAGUUAUAUGUCAUCAGAUAAAUUAAUCCCUUAUUGGAGGCAAAGUUCUUUUUACGUUAAAAUUACAGAUUCGAUAGAUGAAGAAAGUGUUUUACAAGAUAAUGAUAAAGAAAUAUUACCACAAUUUCCAACUUUUUCAAAUACAGAUGUAGCAAUUAUAUCAAGUGAUUCACCAGAAUAUAAUGAUCAACCAGUAAGUGGUUUACUUUUUAAUAAUAGGGAUGAUUAUUUUGUCUUUCGUACCACAACAUCCUCCGUUGAUAAUUUAGCUUUUCGCUUUGAUUUUUUUAUAAAAGCAGAUAAUAUAGUAAAUGCAAUUCAAAAAAAUCCUACACAUCCAGGAUAUCAUCGUUUAGCAACUGCCAUUUGUAUGCCUUCAAGUAUAAUUGGAACAAUUGGUGAUGUAAUAGUUCCAAUAUUAGCUCCUAAUCAAAUUCCAAUAGGUCAAAUAACAAUUGAUUAUCUUCUUAUUAAUCCAAUAAAUAAUACAGAUCAAUAUCAGUCAAUGGAAUUUACAUAUGCAAGAUAUUGGAAAAAAAGAAAAACUGUUGAAAUUGGUCAUAGGGGAAUGGGAAAUUCAUAUACAAAGAAGGCUGUAGCAAGAGAAAAUACUGUAUUUUCACUUGAAAAAGCAUAUAAAAAUGGUGCUGAUUUUGUAGAGUUUGAUGUACAGUUAACAAAAGAUAAAAUUCCUAUUGUUUAUCAUGAUUUUCAUGUUAAAGUACAUGUUUCUAAAAAAAAAUGUGAUUAUUUAAAUGCUGAAUCAUUAACAAGAAACUCAUCUUCAUCAUCAAUAAAUUCUUUAAGUGGAUUAAUGAAAAAAGAUGAUGAUAGUAGUGAAAUUGAUUAUCAUGUAUUAGCUAUUAAAGAUUUAAAGUUAAAACAAUUAAGACUUUUACAUGUAGAACAUAAAGAAUCAACAGCAGAUGGUUCAACACAAGUUGUUGAGAUGUGUGAUGAAGAUGAAGAUAAACGCCCAUUUCCAACAUUAAUUGAUACAUUAGAAAAAGUUAAUACAGAUGUGGGAUUUAAUAUUGAAAUAAAAUAUCCUUUAUUAUUAAAAGAUGGUACUCAUGAGUGUAAAUAUUAUUUUGAAAGAAAUGAAUUUAUUGAUAUUAUUUUACAAGAUAUUUUUGAUUAUGCCAAAGAAAGAAGAAUUGUUUUUUCAUCUUUUGAUCCUGAUAUGUGUACAAUAAUAUCACAAAAACAAAAUAAAUAUCCUGUAUUAUUUUUAUGUGUUGGUGAGACAACAAGAUAUACACCUUUUGUAGAUAUAAGAUCAACUACCUCUGAUAAUGGUGUUAAUUUUGCCUAUAGUUCAAAAAUUCUUGGUGUAAAUUUUCAUAGUGAAGAUUUAUUACGAAAUCCAGAACCAAAAUAUAGGGGUGAUAAUUUUGGAUUAGUAUCUUUUGUAUGGGGUGAUGAUCUUAAUAACAAAGAAAAUGUUGAUUAUUUUAAGAAUGUUUUAAAUGUUGAUGGUGUUAUCUAUGAUAGAAUUGGAGAAAAUGAACCUAGGCAAAAUGUAUUUCUUGUUGCUAAAGAAGCCAGAAAAGCUUUAUUAUCAAGGAGUGGAACACCAUGUGUAUCGAAAAGGCAUUCAUUAAAUACAGUUACAAAUAAUGAAGAACCACCAGAAAUUGAGGAUGUUAUCAAAUCAAUGGAAAUUAUGAUGAGACGGCAAAGUCAAAAAGAAAGAUAG